GCAGGUAUGUCAGAGCUGCUGUUGGUUCCUCAGCUAGUAUGGCUAGCUUCAGCUCUGUGAAUUAGAGUGCGUACUACUCAUCCGUCAGCUAUGGUUUAACGCUAGAGCCUCAGAAACCAACACAAACAAACAAAAUGCAACGAAUAUAAAAUUGGACUGUCGCGUUCGAGCAGCAAGGAGCUGAUUCCUUUAUUCUAAGCCGAGGUUUGACCACAUCACUGUGACUUCGCCUUCUUCAGAUACUCAGACUUUUAGAGCUGUCAUUGGAGGCAGACUUGAACAUAAAAUAUCUGUCACUGCAGCACUUUGAGCGUGAAUAUUCAGAAUAAUCAUGAACACCCAGAAUACAGACGUGCACACCAUCUCUCCGGAGCUGCCAGCCAUGUUCGACGGCAUGAAGCUGGCGGCGGUUGCCACUGUGCUCUACAUCCUCGUUCGCUGCCUAAACCUUAAGAGCCCCACUGCACCCCCUGACCUCUCCUACCAGGACACACCCCUCAACCGCUUUCUUCUCAAGUCCUGUCCUCAGCUGACCAAAGAGUACAUUCCUCCAUUACUCUGGGGUAAAAGUGGUCAUCUCCAGACGGCGCUGUAUGGUAAACUUGGUCGGGUGAGCUCUCCUCACCCUAGUGGAGUCAGAAAGUACUUACCCAUGCAGGACGGGGCCACUGCGACCUUUGACCUCUUUGAGCCAGUGGGUGACCAUCGAACAGGAGAUGACAUCACCAUGGUGAUAUGCCCUGGUAUUGGUAACCAUAGCGAGAAGCAUUACAUUCGAACCUUUGUGGAUUACGCCCAGAAGGACGGUUACCGCUGCGCUGUGCUGAACCACCUUGGAGCUCUUCCCAACAUCGAGCUCACCUCUCCGCGCAUGUUUACCUAUGGGUGCACAUGGGAGUUUGCGGCCAUGGUGGGCUACAUUAAGCGGACGUAUCCUCAGACGCAGCUGAUGGUGGUGGGCUUCAGUCUUGGUGGAAACAUCGUCUGUAAGUUCCUGGGCGAGAACAGGACCAACCAGGAGCGAGUGCUGUGUUGCGUCAGCGUCUGUCAGGGGUACAGCGCGCUCAGGGCACAGGAAACAUUCCUGCAGUGGGAUCAAUUCAGACGCUUCUACAAUUUUCUCAUGGCUGACAACAUGAAGAAAAUCAUACUCUCACACAGGCACAGUCUGUUUGGGGGAAGCCCAGUAAAAAGGAUAGAUCUUGAUAUCGGUCGACUGUACACAGCGACGUCUCUCAUGCAGAUCGACGACAGCAUCAUGAGAAAAUUCCACGGCCACAGCUCUCUCAAAGAGUACUAUGAGAAGGAAAGCUGUGUUCAUUAUAUCCACAAUGUAAACGUGCCACUGCUGCUCGUAAACUCUGCAGACGACCCUCUGGUCCAUGAGUCACUGCUCACCAUCCCUCGCACACUAGCAGCAAAGAAGCCCAACGUGAUCUUUUCCCUGACGUUACACGGAGGCCACCUGGGCUUCUUCGAGGGCGCGGUGCUCUUCCCCCAGCCGCUCACCUGGAUGGACAAAUUGAUCGUGGGCUACGCCAACGCCAUGUGCCAGUGGGAGAAACAGAAACCACCGUGCCAAAGUGUCCCUCAGAGUGAGAGCUCCUGCGCAGAGGAACAAUCCUAAACUUCUAACCUCUGUAUUUCUCUGAUUGUCUCUCUGCCCUCUCACCUCUCACCCUCUCCCACUGUUCCAGCACUGAGGAGACACCUGAACUCAACCUUAAACUGCUCUCUCUUGUCUGCCUUCUCUUCUGGUGCUACUCACCGCUCCCGACCCAAACACGUCUUCACGACCUCACUAAAGCCCCCUUCUGUAAUCACUAUCUACUCACAGUAUGUGAGGGAACAAAGAACUAACUGCCUUUGUUGCUCGUUUCCGUUGGGAAGACUUUGAAAUUCAGAGCAGGAACAUUUUGUUCUCUUUAUCUACACAACAAUGACCCUUAGCUAUUGGAGGCGCAGACUAAAUAUGACCAGAGCUGAAGUCAUGUUUGCAUUAAAACGUGAAGUGAGAGCGCCACUUGAGAGUAGCCCAGUGAAACAACAAGAGCACACAAGAAGCCUCCUUAAGUUUGUAAGGACUGUGCUGCAGUCGGUGCUCAUUUACUGCACCUGUAAGAAGCUCACUGCUUAUCACCGCCAAGGCCAUAUAGCCUAGUCUGCUGUCUUAACCAACACAGCGUCUUUUAGUGUGUAUGACUGUUUGUAUGUAACUCACAGAUGUGUGUGUGUGUGUGUAAGUGUGUGCGCCCGUGUGACCGAGAGUUAGAGACCCGUGACGGAGCAUGUGAUCUUUGUGUUUGGUAGGUGUGAUCCAAAUUCCCAGUUCAUGGUCUGAUGGCCCUUUAUAAUAUCUGUUCCUUCGGGUGAACCGUUGCUCUGUUGUUUGUAGAAAAUGUGCAGUAAAAAGGUAAGAAUUAUGGUGGAAUUUUAAACUUUAUUUCCAGCUCAUAACAUCAUCUUGGCACUUGGCAAUGAGUGUUUACUUUGUGCUCACAUACAUGAGCAGGGAUCAACCCCAAAAGGGAUCCGUGCACAUUCCCACGGUCACAUUUGAUCACUUUGGUUCAGUGCACUUUACACCCUGUUUGACACAAUCUUUCCCUCUUUUUUUCCUAAUUAGUCAAAGCGCAGGUAUUGGAGAUUAAUGUCAGUUUAGCUCUUCUUGUGACAGAGAGGAAUUACUGGGGGGAGCGAGGAUGAUAACAUAAAGUUAGAUGACUCAAAUGUUCCCUGUGUUGUUUGUCUUUAAGCCCUCUUACUCUUUCAUUUGCCUUUGAUCAGCUGCAGAUCCAGCUGAGACUCUGAUAUCUUUCUGUUACUGCACAGACACUCGCACUUCACAUUUGGUUUGAACAUCUCUGUAAACGUUUGCACUUCUAGCAGAUGUUGGUUGAUAUUGAAGAUGCAACAGGCGGAUUGGCCAAUGCCACCCUGUUAAAGGGAAAGUUCAGCAGGUUUUCUCUUAUAAUCUGAGCUGUGAGGUGUGAUGAGUAGGAGGGCUGAGGAUACCGAUGCUUAACCAAAUGUUUAUUUCAGUGGAUUGUUUGUACUACUUGUAAUUAUACUGGUGAUUGUUAAUUUAGAUGGUGGACAGUGAACGCAAGACAUUUUUUGGAUCGCAUUGAAAAGCUUCUCUUAUUUAAAACUGGGCUGAGCGUUGACGCUCUUGAAAUCUAUCUGAAACGUGUCUUGAGGAAAUCAAACUGCAAGAAUGGGACCUGUGGACUUUUCAAAACUCGAAUUUGAUGGAGAACUUGUUGUAAGGGCUUAUCAAGGCAAAGUCAAGCCAAGUAAUCUGAACACUGUGACGAGACAGGUGGGUGGUGCUUGACAGCAGCCACCUGGUUUAGGCUAUUCUUUCUGUCCUAAUAGACCUGGGUUCCAUGGUAUUUGUAAGGUGUAGCUUUUGUCGGUAUAAUUCAUAUUUCAUUUUUACGUCUGAUAGCUGCAACAUUAUGACCAAAGAGUAAUUAUCCUCAGCUCUAGUUCAUUGUUGACUACUGAAAUAUUAGUUUGGUUUAUACAGUAACCAACAAUCAACCACCAGUAAUCAAAUAAUUUGCCUCAAUUACAAUGCUACGAAGAUAGUUUAUUUUAGAUGUAAAUGGCUUAAAUGUAACCUGCUUUGUUGGAGGUUGUUCAGUGCAAAUAACAUGAAAUCCAGGUGUUAAUCUCACUAAUGCUGGCCUGAAUAAUAUCAAAAAACAGGGACAAAGGGAUUAACCAAUCUAGCUUUAUCCCUCUCAACUCAGGGUAUCUGCCAAUACUGAGCAUCAAUCCAAUACCAAUGGCCUUCUUUUCCCACUUUUUAAAUCUGUAUACCUCACUGAGUGUAACUCAAUCAUUCCUAUGUACUGUAUGAUACGAGGAGACCAUGGAAGAUAGAAACACUAUAUGUUAUAGAGGCAUUGAAUGAAACUGUUAAUGUGGAUCAGUGACUUUAAGGCAGAUACCCGAUUGACUCAAAGGUUAUUCAUCCCCAACUGUAGAUGUGUCUGAGCCGCCCCCUUCCUUCUUUACAAUCAUCACUGUUCAUGGCUGCCAUCUGUUGUCAGAGAGAUCAAACUACAACUGCUAACAUCCCCUCAUCCCUCUCGCAUUGACAUUGUAUUCCUGCUUCACUCUGUCCACAGCUCUCAUUGCAAAAAGCCAGCUGUAGUUUGGAUUUUUUUUUUUGUCUCGUUAGAAAAAUCAGAUGAAUAUUAAUGACACCAGCACAAACCGCCGUAAGCAGUAAGAGCCAUUCGUGUUCAUUUUAAGAGUUUUGCCUCCCGCCAGCUUUGCACAAAAAUGCAGGUUUGGAUGUAUUUUUUUUGUUGUGACUUAUUUGUAUUGUUUUUCUUUUGUAUUUUGUAUUGUUUUUAUGACUUCUUGUGUUAUUUACUUGUGUAAAUGCGUCGGAGUGUAAGUGAUGAUGGACAAAAACCAAAGCCUCUUCACUUUAACAAUGAAAAGGCUAAAGGAUUAUAUUAAUAUAGUAUAUAUGUAAGGGAACAGUAAUGAAAAAUAAGGCAAUAAACAACCAGGAGGGAUUUAUCUAUAAUAGUAAAAGUGAAAGGAAAACGUGUCAAAGUUUGUUAGACCAAAAGAUGUCAUGUUCAUUUUUCAUGUGUAGGUUCUUCUACUGUAUCGAUAUGAAGACGUGCUCCUGUCUAUUGACCUAACCCCAAAUCUUCAAGCAUCUUGUUUAUUUUUUAGAUUGUGGGCUCAUGUUUAAUUGCUUGAAACCGAAGAAAUCAAAUAUCUAAAAAUCUGGAGUGACCUUAAAUGUGAAUGAAUCCAACAAAUGCGUAUUGGGAUGAACACUGCUCAGUAUUUAUUAUUUGAAAUCUUAUCAGCCCUAGCAAGUGUACAGUAUAGGAGCCCACAGUACGUUAACCUACACUAACCAUUUUACAGCUUUAACUUAUUAUUACAAACAUUUUGAUGCUUAAUAGAAGACGGUGAAUGGAUAUGGCAACAACUAGAAGCCGGGGAACACAUAGUUGAAAAACAUGAUGUACUCUGAUAUUGAACACUGGGUCUUUUUGUUGAGAAAAAAAACAGUGGUGUGUGUGUGGUCUACUUAUGUGAGGAAAUAUGGUUAAUGUGUUCCAAAAUAAAUUAUUUUCUCAAAAGAAAACAAAUGUUUCAGUUCGUUUUUACUUGCCAGUUCAAUGCUUUCAAAAAAUCUUAAGCACAAACGAUGUAGAAGAAGAUGUUAUCUGGUCAAUAUUACAUUUUGGGAUUCAAUAAUGGGAUUUGUAGGAUAUGGAUCUUUGUUUUAUGAUGCGGUUGAGCCCACCUUUUUGGAUGAUCAUUUACCUGUACCAGAUAUAAAACUGCAAGUCCUAGAUUCAAAUAUUUAAAGUAGAAGUUCAGAGGUUUUAUCAGCGAACUGUACUUCAAAUAUCAAAAUAAUAAUACCUGUUAUAUAUUAUUAUGAAUUCAGAUUUCUAGUAGCAUAUAUUAUAUACUUAAUACUAUAUGGUUGAUUUCCCUCUGAACUGUAUUGGAGUGGAUUGAUGAGGUUGCAUAUAAAUACUCAAGUAAAGUACAAGUAUCGCAAAACGUCAGUUCAAUUCAACCCUUGUCUUUGAUUUAGAACUGACUAAAAAUAACCUGAUUUUAUCGUUUAAGGUUUAUAUUAUUGGUUAACUUGAGUUAUGAAACAUCUAACAUUGUGUGUGAAAUCAUACCUUUCCCGUGUUUCACUCCUAUUACUGUUGCUGUGAAUUUCCCUUAACAAAGGUUUAUUAAGUCUUAUCUAGUCAAGUCAGGUGAAAUUGGAAAAAAUAUAAAUGAUAAAAAAAGGACAAUUCAAAUUAAACUAAAGACACAAACAAAAAAGCAUUUUAAUUGAACAUUUCCCAAACCAGUGCAAAAUGCAGAAUGGAUUUCUGUGGUUCAUCAGGCCUCUGAGAGUCACGACUGAAACAAGGCUGUUUCCAAGGCAUUGCAUCAGGAGGCUCCUGCUCCUAAUACAA